GCGAGUCUUGCGAAGAUGGCUUGCGUUUGCAGGGAGAUUCGGUGUAUGGCAUCGGGUAACGACUUGUGGAAACAGAAGAUCUGGGAAGAAGCUAGGCAUCUUCUUGUUGUUGGGAAUGGAGGCAGGGGCUCGGUUAAUUGGAAGGCGAAGUUUGCUAGUUUUUGGAUGCACUACAAACAAAAAUUGUCCCCAGUUGUACACCAACACGAACGAGAAACCUUAACGGACAUUGACAUGGCCAUGCGUAUGCACCAUACCUGUCGUUUUCCUAUCGUUAGUGACCCUGUCCCUGACCCUUUCGGAUUGUCUAAUGGUGAUGACUUGCAUGGUUCCCUCGGUGUACACCGUGGACGACAGAGGCUUGGCCGACAUCGUUUUAGUCCUGGAUGCAAUCUUGGAGGAGGCAACUAGCUAUUUUAGUUUACAACUGUCGAAGCUAAUGUUUUGGAUGUUGCAUUUAGAUUUUAUAUGUUUUGA